AUCUUUCCUUCUUCUAAUCCAUUUUCUCAAUCCUACCAACCACAUCGUAAAAGAUUGAGAUAGAGAGAAAACUGAUUAUCACCGACAACACCAAAACCCUAUCAUCACAAUCACAAUCACAAUCACAAAAUUGAACAAUGAAUGAAGAAAUCGAAAGCGGAGAAGGUCCACCAACAAACGAUCUAUGUUCAAUCUGUCACGGAAACUUCCAACUCCCAUGUCAAGCAAAUUGUUCUCACUGGUUUUGCGCUAACUGCAUAAUCCAAGUUUGGCAGUAUUCUUCUCCUCUUCAACCUUGCAAAUGUCCUCUCUGUCGUCGUCCUAUUAACCUUCUUGUUCCCACCGACGUCGUAGACGACGCCAAUUCUGAGCAAGAUCGUUUGAAUUUGGCUGAUAUUCAAAGAUAUAACCGUGUUUUUGGCCAACAAUCUAAUGCUAGUAUUGUUCAGAGAUUACGUGAUCUUCCUUUUCUUUUGAAAAGGCUUUUUAAGGAUUUUGUUAACCCUAAUACUUCUCUUCCUCUUGUUAUUAGAGCUCGUGUUUUCAUUACGAUGCUACUAAGUAUUAUAUACAUCUUCAGCCCUAUUGACAUCAUUCCAGAAGGGAUGUUGGGAAUAAUUGGUCUUUUGGAUGAUGUCCUAAUUGCUCUAAUCUUUUUCCUACAUGUUGCUGCACUCUAUAGAUCUGUACUUUACCUCCGACAUGGGGGUUCGUGAGUUAUGCACCUUUUACAGUUUUUUAGGUAAAGUAGUGAAAUGAGAUGUUGCAUUUACUUUCGUCUUGUGAAAAUUGACAAUGCUCUGUUUUGUACAUAGAUAGACAGUUCAGUUCAUUUUCGAAUAUUGGAUUUAGCAAGAGGUGAAUAGAAAAGCUCCAUUUAAAUUUCAAAUAUUUUGUGGAGCCAAAAGAAUUAUCAAAUUUACUUUUAUCAUA